AUGACGACUGCCGUCCUUGCUCAAGCGUCGCAAGUCGUCUAUCCCAAGGAUGUCAGCGCGGCAGAUUACCUUCUCUCGUCUCCGAUGAGUCAUCACCUGCCGUCAGAAUUCGAGCGGGCAUCCCAUCCUCACCACUUCUUCCAAGGCAAAGAGAUCGAUGAUGAGACGACUUUUCUUUUGGACGCCGAAAAGCGUUUCAGCUUAUCCUAUGGCGCUUUCAAGACGCAUGUGAGACUGCUCAGCGCCACACUGGGCAGGCUGGUCACAGAAGCAAGUGAUCAUGAGCUUCCGAGCAAACGUGUCGUGAGUGUAGUGGACAAGAGAGGUCGAUGACCAAGGGUUCCCGGGCUGAAUCUCGGAGCGAUUGACCACCGCAGAUUCAUUCGCCGAAGACGACCGCAAUCAUACACGUUCCCAACUCGUUCGACUUUGCUGUAUUGCUGCUAGGCACCAUUUCUGCAGGCUUGACAGCAAGCCCAAUCUCGACUCUGUUGACUUCGAGGGAAAUAGCAUACAUGCUGUCCAAGGCUCGCCCGCGAAUCAUAUUCACGACCCAGGGAGAUGGGGAGAAGAAGAUGCGCGAUGCUCUUAGGCUGGUCGGAGACUCAGAGCCUGUGGCAAAGCCUGAUCUCAAAGCUGCCGAAGCACGACUAUACACGCUCGCUCGAGAGUGGGCCGCCGACUUCUCGUCGGAUAUCGAGGGCCGAAUGUUCAUCGUGAACACAGAGGGCGAUGACGUUUACCCGACUCCGGCGUCAUUGCUGUCAACCAGCACGUCGCCGAAAGAUUGGCGAAGCCUAUUGCAAGGCUCCGCGCCACCGCCACUUCCGUGCGCAAUGGAUGCCGAAUUGCAAAGGAGGAGGGCAGCGAUUCUUCUGUGGAGCUCAGGCACGACGGGUAGGUACACGUGAUGCACACUUGCUUCUGAUAGCCAGCCACAUCUUCUUAACAGUGUCUGUCACUUUCUUGGCUUUGCACACAGGCUCUAGCAAAGGCGUGCUGCAUUCACAUCGGGGGAUCAUCUUCUCGACCGCAGCCUUGUGGCAUACGUGGACAUGUUUUAGUGUGCCUGGACACGGACCGGAGGGUGCAGGAGAAAGAUGGCUGGGAUUGGCACCGUGGUGUCACAUCUUUGGCAUGUUCACCUUGCUCUUUCCCGCCUUGGUAGCAGGUGCGACCAUCAUCCUGCCUCGACCCGGCACCAGAUUUUCUCUCGAGGUAUACAUGCGCUUGCUCAAGCAUCACAAAGUGACCGCAGGGCACGUCGCCCCUCCUGUACUCGUCAACAUGCACAAUUCUCCGCUCAUGCAGCAAAUCCACUUGCCUCAUCUCAAGACUUGGUUCUCUGGCGGCGCACCGAUUGCGCCCGACAUCAUUGCUUCCAUCUGGGCAAAGACACGCAAAGUUGUCAGGUCGGGAUAUGGCACGACUGAAACCAGUCAUGUGUCUAGUCCGCAAUCUAGCUCCCUAGACGGUGCGGAAGCGCGACUAGCUCUGGGUAGCUGUGGUCCACCCACGCUGGGUGUCAGUGCGCGGGUACACGGCUCGGAUGCAUCAGUUCAGCAGAAGGCAGAGUCGGCAAGGGAGUGGGAAGCGCAAUGUGCAUCGAAAAGAGCACGAGGUCUGGCUGCGCCCGAAAUGGCCACUGAGCUGCGGCAUGGUCCCGGGGAGUUACUGGUGCGGAGCGAAGGGCUCAUGCUAGGCUGUAAGUCGAGUUUGUGCGGUGGUCUCAGUCUCGCUGUUGCUAAGAUUACAACCUUGUUGUGUGCGCGCAGAUUUCUCUGGAUUCGGACACGAAGAUGACCGAGGAGCUCUUGAUGCUGAACUAAAUUCUCACGCAUUCACUCGAGAGGGUUGGUACAGGACAGGGGACGAAGGUGUCAUUGACAAGCAUGGUGAGUUCGCGUAGCAUUGCCGCGGUUCGCCUGCCUCUGGCUAACGCUCGUUCGGCUUCUAAGGCAACGUCUGGAUCACCGGGCGCAUCAAGGAGCUCAUCAAAGUGAGCGGCUUCCAAGUCGCACCCGUGGAGCUGGACGCUCGUGAGUACAAUCUCGCCGGCUACCUCUGCCAAUCAUGAUGGCAACAGCGCUUGCUGACGAAUCACCAAAACCACCUGCUGGUAGUCUUUUCUACACAUCCCGCCGUUGCAGAUGCGGCCGCCUGCGGCACCACGGAGCGUUUGGUGCGAGCCAGUCAGCGCGGCGCGAGAGAGCGCUCGCAGCCAAAUCUUCUCAGUGACGAGGAGGUGGUCAUCAUGUAUCUUCAGCCUAAAGAUCCCGGUGUGCUGAGAUCUGAAGAAACACAGCAACAGCUGGUAGACCAAGUCUCCGCUUGGUCAAGUAGUCUAUUGGCGUAGUGAGUGGACGACUUGACCAGCAAACUGAUCUUCAACUGAGCCCACGAUGUACGUGCCUCUUCAGCUACAAGCAGCCACGAUACAUAUGUUGGGUUCCAGCGUUGAUCAAAAGCCCUACAGGAAAGGUGAGAACAGAGCGCGCUUUCAAUGAUCCUCGACUUGUGUGCCCUAUGAGCAAAGCUGACGGGCUUCUCUUUGUCCCCUCCUGCAAUAGAUCCUGCGAAAGGAGCUGAAUGGGCUUCGUGGCAUUAGGCACGAGAUUGUACGGCACAGAGGGACAGCGAGGCAGUCAUCACGAUUGUGAUUGCGCUGCAGCAUGACGCUGCAUUGACGAUGAUGGCGUACUUGUGAUGAAAGCGUCGCCCUAUUCGAGAUCUGUCGAUGCCAUCUGCGUUGUACAUUCAAGACACUACAAUGAUAGCGUUCGAUGUGAGCGCAGCAAGUUUACUAGAGGAAGGCGCCGCAUGAUUCCGCACAGCAACGACCUCAAAGAGCUUUCGGCAGCGCUCUUGGAGAAGCCGAAAAAUUUGGGAACGUUGGGAGAUGCGAGGCAAUAUGACGCCUGAUGCUUGUCAACGCAGCCUUGCGACGCGCAAUAUACUCUUCGAAGAGCAAUCUGCUCCGUUCGGUCUCUGUGACCCGAACAUCUUUUGCUAUAUCACGUAUCUAAGGCUUGCGACUCUUGACAAGCGCUUGCAUCGAUGCCUAUAUAAGCGCGCUGGGAUUGGUAGCAGUACAUAACAACUCCCGUCCCUUCACCAUCUCUCCUCGCCAUUUUCCACUUGCCUCCCAAUUUGCGUCUCCUCUGCCCUCGCAACUCUUUAGCACCAUCGACUUCAUCAUGCAGUGGACUAGUCUUCUGAUCGCUGCGGUGCUUGCCGCCAUGGCACCCAUUGAUGUCCUUGCCACAGGCAACAUCGGCGAGAUCUACACGAUGCAAAGACUCAAUUCGCCAACUUUUGAUAUGCUGGGUCAGUCUAACUUCAAUCGCUCGGCUUUGAUUUGCCAAGACGCCUUCCUGUCCAUCUGCAUUGCUCACACCUCUCGGCCCACUGAUGGAUCAACUAUCAGAUGUGAUUCACACUGGCACUGCCGCUGAAGGAGCAAAGGAUGUCUUUCAGUACAAUUGUGCCAAGCUGAUCAAGCAGAAAGGUGGUGAAACGUAUACGAACCAUUAUAGGCGUAGCAGGUUGCAGGACGACAGAGGCUCCGCCGUCUGUAUCUUUCGCACCACUAAAGCAGAUGGCACGAUGUGAGUGGAUUUUCUGCUGCUCCUCCCUACCAAACAUCAAGCGCACGUCUCAUCUAAGCCGCCUCGGGCUCCAUUUUGCAGUCUGACAGAGCAGUCAAUUCUCGCUGAAGUCCUCGAGAGUAUUGGAUGGAGCUUUGAGGAUUCUGCUUGA